UAUAGGGCUCUAUAGGAUCUAUAGGGCUCUCUAUAGGGCUCUUUAGGGCUCUACGGCGCUUCCGUCCCGCCCAGUCCCGUUCUUCGCCCUCCCAUUGGCCGCGCCCCCCGCCCCUCACUCGCUCCUCCCCUCCCUAUUGGCCAACACCGCCCUUAGCCCCGCCCCUGACGCCCGAUGCUCGCCUCCCAUUGGCCAGCUCCGCGUCCCUCACGCCUCCCGCCCAGCUCCUGGUAGGCGGGACUUCCCCAUCCUCCUCGCCCUCCCAUUGGUCCGUCCUCCCAGAGCCGCUCUCCUAUUGGCUGCAGCCCUUUUACCUCAGCCCUCAGAUCCAAGAUGGCGGCGACGGAGGCGGUCCCGCUGCUGGAGGCUCUGCAGGGGCAGGUUGCUGCAGUCACUGACCAUAUCCGGUUGCUGCUGCUCCGGGUGCGGGGGGGGGGGCUCCGCACCGAGAAGGGUCUGUCCCUCCCCCAGCUGGGGGCUCUGCAGCUGCUGCUCUACCUGCAGGACCUGGGGCUGCUGCUGGGGGUCAAAGUUCACGGGGGGGCCCUGGGGGGGGCCCCGGCCCUGCCCCGGCUGCUGGAGACCCGAGUGGUGCUGGAGAAGAUGCGCCCCAUAGAGCACCGCAUCAAGUACCAGGUGGAGAAGCUGCUCCGGGCGGCCAUGACAGGGGCCCCAGGAGCCGAGCACCCCUUGGCCUUCCAUCCGGAGCCCUCCAACAUGGCCCAGGAACCGGACCCAGCCCCAUUGAAGCCCCCUGGCUUAGGGGGCGGGCGCCGCUACGUCCCACCCCACAUCAUCCCAGUGCAGUAUGAUUCUAUGGGGCGCGAGCAGCGGGCGCAGGAGGCCGCGCGGCGCAGGGCGCUCAGCAGCUCAGUGCUGAGGGAGCUGAGGGAUGAGCUCAGUGAUGCCCCACAGGAGCUAUGGGGCAGCCGUGGGGCAGGGGGAGAGAGGCCCAGCAAGGGAGAGGUGGAGAGGUGGGUAUGGGGG